AUUACUUCAUUUGGAGCCAGGGACGAUCUCCACCACCACCAGGGACGAUCUCAUUUUAAUUGGUAUCUCCCCUUACUUAGCUUGGACAUUUGCAUUGCAAGGGGAGAUAAUGUUUGGUUUUUGUUGGUUUUUAGUAUACUCAUAUGAG